CGGCGGGAGCGGCAGAGGUGAGUUGAUGGCUGCCCUGGGGGACGAGGUGCUGGACGGUUACAUGUACCCAGCUUGCACCCUGUACUCAUACCCGUACCCCUACCCGGCCGCCGCCAAGGACAAGCGCGCGGCGGGCGGGGGCGGCUGGCGACACCCGGACGGGGGCUACCCUCCCGUUUCCUCCUCUGACGGCGCGGCCCCGUCGUCUUUCCCGGGCUACGGGCAGCUGGCGGCCGCCGACUACCUCCACAGCUACCAGCGCGCGCAGCUCAUGGCCCUCCUGUCGCAGAUGGGCCCCGGCCUCGCCCCGCGACCUGGCCGAGUCAGCAUUCGGGACGUGGCGGUGCAGGUGAACCCGCGCCGCGAUGUCUCGGUGCAGUGCUCGUUGGGGCGGCGCACGCUGCUGCGCAGGGCCCGCGAGCCUGGAUCCUGCUCCGAAGGGGCGGCGGGCGCGGGCGGCAGCGGCCUGGUCUCCCCGCAGCAGCCCCGCCGGGGCCCGGAGCAGGGUAGCUCCCCGAGCGGCGCCUCGCGGCCCAUACGCUUCCCGCGCACAGUCGCCGUGUACUCGCCCAUGGCCACCCGCCGCCUCGACACCCUCCAGGAAGGAUCCGAGGCCGUGGCGGGCGAGCAGAGGCCGGGGGAGCUGGGGGGAGAGCGAGGGCCACCACCUGCCAGACCCCGAGGCCCCGAGGCAGGAGAGGAGUCGGCGAGGAAGACGCCCCAACCGCCGCAGUCCGCGGAGGAGGAGGACGAGGCCCAGGCUGCAGUGCGGGAGAGCCCGGAGCAGCCCUCGCCAGUGGCCAGGGCCCCCGACGCCGUGGGCGAGGGGUUGUCGCCGCGGAGCCCCCAGCCCGGCAAGGAGCGCCUGCGCUUCCAGUUCUUAGAGCAGAAAUACGGCUACUAUCACUGCAAGGACUGUAACAUCCGAUGGGAAAGUGCCUACGUGUGGUGUGUCCAGGGCACUAACAAGGUUUACUACAAGCAGUUUUGCAGAACCUGUCAGAAGUCUUAUAACCCUUAUCGUGUGGAGGAUAUCACCUGUCAGAAUUGUAAACUGACUAGAUGCUCCUGCCCAGUAAAACUUCGCCACGUGGACCCCAAAAGGCCCCACCGUCAAGAUUUGUGUGGGAGAUGCAAAGGCAAACGCCUCUCCUGUGACAGCACUUUCAGUUUCAAAUAUAUUAUUUAAGCGAAAAGCAACAAACCAUAAACCCUGGUCCUACUGAUCAGGUGCUAAGGGAGCAGACAAGUGAGCCUUUUUCCAUGCUCUUCUCCUUUCUCCCUCUCCCUCCUCUAAAUACUUCACGAAAGGCUGUAUUUGACAAAGCUGUCAAAUAAAAGCAUUGCAAAACAA